UGCGAAAAUAGCCGCGAUCGCUGCGACUGCUGGUGUGGUUGUUACGUUUUUGAAAUGCUCUUGCGUUAUUAAAUUUUUGGCAUCGGUGCAAAGCUGAAAAUUCAUAACACUCACGCACACACACUCACAGCCAUUUACUCAUCAUAGCUAUUAUUCCACGACAAUACAAUUUUUGCCAUUGUCUUAUUUGAUUUUCCUGUGGCUGCAAUACGCACUUAUCUUAUUAGACGCCAGUAUACGUAUAAUGUCUGAAGAUGCCAAGAAUCCACGUACCAGCAACAUCAUACAAAACCAACUUUUUCGUCGCCAACGCAGUCUCAAGCUUGAAGCUCUGCAGAAGCAGCGUUCACUACACGGUGGCACUGUCGACGCGGACGAUGAUGACGCACAGUUUGACAAGACCUACAUAGUCAUUAUAUUUACGGAGAAAGCUAAGCUGCGACAUUGUCAGGAUGUUGAGAAAAUUAUACAAGAGUUUGGCAUUCAGACCACCUUGGAGAUAGUCAGUCAGAGCGAAAAAUAUUUGUAUCUUUCUGCCAGUUUAGACACGCUGCUGCGUCUGGCCGAUGAGGCCGAAUUGGAAAAAAUGACCACCACCGGCAGCAUGCAAAAGUUCAAUCAUGGUUGUGUAUCCGAUUUUUUACAGCCCGGCAUGUCUAAGGAUCAAAUUUUACGCUACUGUGAGACGCCUGUGCUCAUCAAGGAUGUGGUAAAACCACCAAUUAGAUCAUACAUACAGAAAGGCUACAUAGAGGAUAUGUUUCCCCUGCAUGAUAUACUAUAUUUAGAGAAAUUUAAUGUGAAUCUCAAGCGUGUUAGACUGCCCAUUGAGGAGAUACGAAACUAUUUUGGCUCUAGCAUUGGCAUGUAUUUUGGCUUUCUAGAGUUCUACACUCAGGCGCUGGUAUUUCCAGCCAUUUUUGGCACUCUGCAAUAUUUCUUUGACUUCAAUCUCUCGCUUGUAUGCAGCUUUUAUGUCAUCUGGACCACAAUUUUUCUUGAGCUUUGGAAGCGUAAGUGCGCCGGAUAUUCGUAUCGCUGGGGCACUAUAGAAAUGAGCAGUUUGGAUAAGCCACGCUCGGCGUACAAAGGAAAACUAAAGCCGGAUCCCAUUACUGGCAAAAUGACUCUCCAUUAUCCCAUGCGCUACACUUACCUGCAAAUGUAUUGUAUUUCGUAUCCAGUGGUUUUGGUUUGUGUUGUGGCCGCCGCCUGGUUUGCGCUCUAUCAGUUCCAAAUCGAAGCUGAGGUGCUGGCCGACUUUGGACCCGAAUCCUGGCUGCUUUAUGUGCCGGUCAUAGUACAAUCAGUGCUCAUUUCCAUUUUCUCGUGGGCCUAUGAGAAGCUUGCAACAUUCCUCACCAAUCAAGAGAAUCAUCGCACGCGCUCUCAAUACGAUAGACAUCGUGUGAAUAAGCUGAUGAUUUUCGAGAUUGUGAACAAUUUCUUCUCACAAUUUUAUAUUGCCUUCGUCCUCCAGGAUCUUAAGCAAUUGAAAUAUCAAUUGAUGAUGCAACUGCUCAUCUUCCAGUUGCUGUGCAUUGCGCAAGAGAUCGGCAUACCAUUAAUGGCUGUGCUACGUCAGAAGUAUGCGAAGUAUCGUCUCAAGGAGGUGGAGCAGGAAAAGAUCAACACCAUCACAAAUUUGGCGCGCUACGAGCAAUGCUUUUACGAAUCAGGCCUCGAUCAAUAUCAGUCCACUUAUGAGGAUUAUCUACAAAUGUGCAUACAGUUUGGCUAUGUUGUGCUAUUUGCGGCAGUGGCUCCUUUUGCUGCUUUGGGUGCGCUCAUUAACAAUGUAUUUGCAGCCCACAUUGAUAUGUUUAAGAUUUCCAACAUCUUCAAGCGCCCUUUUGCGCGUCGGACCAAGAACAUUGGCGCUUGGCAACUGGCCUUUGAACUCCUAUCGGUCAUGUCCUUGCUGAGCAACUGUGGUCUGCUCUUCUUGCAGCCGAAUGUCAAACAAUUCUUCGCCCACUGGCUGCCAAGCAUACCGGAUCUGUCCUUCAUUAUAUUCGAACAUUUGCUUCUGGGCCUCAAGUUCAUCAUCCACAAGGUUAUACACGAAAGGCCGCGUUGGGUGCGCAUAGGGUUGCUAAAGGCUGACUUCGAGACCAGUCAGGCUCUCAAAAAAUUCAAGGCAGCUAACAAAAUGGCUUAAAAAUGGAACUACAAUCGAGUCUGGCGAUAAUUGGUGCUAAAACAUAAAUACUUAAUUAUUAAGAGUGCAAUGAACUAAUGAAUUAAUUUUUAUUAUGUAAUGUUCACUAAA